AUGCGAACGUUAGCGUGGAGAUGGGCGGCCGCAGCUUCUUUCCCUGCCCUUCACCCUACCUUCUCAUCCCUCUCCACCCCUCCCAACCCACCAGAGCGGCAGCGGGCAAUGCAAACGUUAGCAGCCGCUGCUGGCAACGCCAACGUGAGUGUGGAGAUGAGCGGUCGAAGCUACGGGGCAGCGAGCGGCGUGGCACCGCGGGCGCGCAUCGCCAUGUACAAGGCGCUGUGGUGGGUGAAGGACUUCGGCGCAGCGGCCGGCACCAACUCCGACCUCCGAGCCGCCGUUGAUGCCGCUGUGGCGGACGGUGUGGAUGUGCUCUCGCUUUCUUUGGGGGAUUCGGUGCGCGAGUAUUUCUCACACAUUCACUACAUGAAUGCGGCUAAGGCGGGUGUGUUUGUGGCACUGGUAGCAGGCAACGAGGGGCCUCCCUCUCCUACACAUGAUGUGGGGACGCUCGAAAACGUUGCUCCUUGGUACCUGACGGUGGGAGCAACCACCAUUGGUCGGCAGUACCUUGCAAAGCUGAUCCUGGGGAAUGGGGAGGAGGUGAGGGGAGUGAGCUUCGGAGGCACCGCACAGACGGUCAAUAAAGUGCUCCUGCCGACUUCCGCUGCUGUCAGAGCAGGCGCGUCUGCUGCUGAUGCUGAUGUGUGUGACUUUACUGCCAUCGAUCAAAGCCAAUUGGCUGGGAAAAUUAUCGUGUGCACAUAA